CACGGUGUGACCGCUCACGCUGCGGCUGAAGGGCGGAAUGUGCGGCGCGUGUUUUUAGCCGGUUUGCGUUUGAAGCGCGGAGACUCGGUGGGUUUAUUUCCCUCUGUUCCGCCUCUUUUACUGCACCUGACAGAAAACGCGGACAGCGCGGAGAGAAGAGACCUCUUCUGUGUGAUGGCGCUCUCUUCACUCUGCAGUGCUCUGAGGGCACUGACCAUGAGCAGCAUCAGCACCAGGACCGCCACGCCGGUUUUCAGCAGUUCUGUCCUGAACUCCGCUCUGCUGUCUGUACGGCCUGUGAAUUCCUCACUGCCGCUCCGCCGAGGCUUCCUGACCACAGCCGCUCUGGGCCAGAACCGGACUCUCUGGAAACAGACAGACAAAUACACCAUCCGGCCUAUUGGGGUUAAGAAGACCGGCGGGAGAGACUUUACCGGGAAGAUCAGGAGACACGGUAUCGGAGGUGGACACAAGCAGAGAUAUCGCAUGAUAGACUUCCAGCGGCUGCGUUAUGAACAGGGUAAAGAGGGUCAGCAGAUCGUAGAGAAGGUGGUGGAAGUGCGAUACGACCCCUGCAGGUCAGCAGAUAUCGCUCUGGUUGCCGGGGGGAACCGUAAACGCUGGAUCAUCGCCACGGAGAACAUGCAGACAGGAGACCUGAUCAAAACCUCCUCCGAGAUUGGACGGAUGGCAGUGCUGGCUAAUGAGGGCGACGCCCACCCUCUGGGUGCACUUCCUGUGGGGACUCUGAUCAAUAACCUGGAGCUUCACCCGGGAAAAGGGGCUCAGUACAUCCGCGCCGCAGGCACGUGCGGCAUCCUGCUUCGCAAAGUGAACGGGACGGCGAUCGUCCAGCUGCCCUCCAAACAUCAGGUCCAGGUGUUGGAGACGUGCAUGGCCACCGUGGGGAAAGUGUCAAACAUCGACCACAACAAGCGCAUCAUCGGGAAGGCCGGCCGGAACCGCUGGCUGGGCAUCAGGCCGUCCAGCGGGCAGUGGAAGAGGAAGGGCGGCUGGGCGGGGCGCAAAAUCCGACCUUUACCCCCCAUGAAGAGCUUCGUCAACCUGCCCUCUGUGACCGCCAAAGCAUGACCACGUCUGACCGCGAGAUGCUUCACCCGGCGGGGAGUUUUCAGAGAGCCGGACUGAGAAAAGCGAUAGUUUCACUCAGUUUCAAAUACAAAGCCAAACACGUUUACUGUUUACUGGAGGAGCUGAUAAUCAAUGGAGUCUUACAUCCACCAAUUAGCACACACGGCUAAAUCAUCACCUCAGAGUCUCUAAUAGACCUGAUUCUGUGGUUUCUGACUCUGUAUGACUCACUGUAUCUAUAAACACGGACUACAGUGUUUUAACACAGCUGAAAAAACAGUAGCCUGAACGUUUUAUAGAUAUUUUGAGCAAACUGUCGCUUUAGAGUCCAUCAGAAACGUAUCUCGGGUCUCUUCCUGCUGGUCAGUGUUGACGUUGGGAUUAAAUGACGUGGCCAACUGAGAGAUGCUGCUGUGUGAAGUGUAAUAAGUAAACAGACGGACUGUGUUCAGAGUCACGAUCAGACGUUUGAGUUUCUCUGUUCAGCCUCUCUGCAACCUUGUUGGUUGACUUUGUCUGUGGAUUGUUUUCAGUGCAAAUGUAUGCAAAUAUUAAAAAAUCAUAAAAUAAAUGACAAUAUUGUUUAAAAUAA